CGGGAAGUCGGAAAGUAUUCAAGGGUGCACAAGUUUGUUUACAAACACCAGACGGAUUUGGCAGCGCAUUUGUUUCCAGUUUUAGGAUAAACACUUGAUAAUUUCGCAAGUCGAUGCCUUAGUCAAUGCUUUAAGUUAUCGAUAUAGGCUGCUCAGCAGGGCCCCGAUGGCUGUGGAAAACGACAGGCUCACCCUGAGGCGUCUUGAGGUGCCAGUCCACAAGUUUAUUAAAGUGGCAAUACCCACGGAUUUGGAAAGACUACAAAAACAUCAUAGUAACAUUUUAAAGUAUCAGCAGUUGCAGCAAUGGGACAAACUUCACGACGAGCACAUAAAUGCAAUUCGGACAGUGCAGCAGUUGAGAGCAAACAUGAGAGAGAUGGAGAAGUUGUGUGGUCGGGUGCGAAAGGAAGAUGCUGCCUCUCUAGAGAAACUGGUGCAGCCGAUCAGAGAGAGAGCCUCCGCCGCGGUCCAAGACUUUCUCCUCCUGCACCCUGCCCCUGACCCCCAGGUGACCCACGCCCCUGCCGAUCAUGCACCUGUCACUCACACACCUGCCGCUGACAUGUCCAGCAGUCGUCAAGAUGAAGACUCAGAAGAGGAGAUGUUAUGUGAAAGGCAAAUUCAGCUCCCCGUCAUACCUCCAGAUGAGAUCGCAUCAGAGUCCUGGGAAAAUCUAGAAGAGGAUCUGAGAGAGCUGGGUGGUUUGGUGACAGAGUUCUCUCUUCUUGUCCAUUCCCAGCAGGAGAAGAUCGACAACAUCGAGGACAACGUCAACAUGGCCGGCGCCAACGUGGAGGAGGGUACACGCAGCCUGGGGAAGGCUGUGGGUUAUAAGUUAGCAGUUUUGCCGAUCGCUGGAGCUCUUCUCGGGGGAGUGAUAGCGGGUCCUCUUGGCCUCCUGGCGGGAUUCAAAGCUGCAGGUGUGGCGGCUGCGGUCGGAGGAGGAGCGCUCGGGUUCGCUGGUGGAAACAUAGUCCAAAAACAUCGCAAAGCUAAUUUAGAUCUGCAGAUGAAACAGCUGACUGCCCCACCAUCAAAAUCUGAAGAAGAGUUGCCAAAAGAUAAAUGACAAUGAAGUUUACCAAUGAUGAACCACACACUAAUUCACACAAGAAGCCAAGGAUUGCCUUUUAAAUUAUAUAACUGUAACUAACUGCCUUAUUUAAAUGUAUUUGUUGUGUAUUUGUCAAUGCUGUCAAGUGAAAACUGAGGUUUAGCCUGGUUUACUUCUGUACAUUGGAUAAUUCAACCUAUUUUUUUUAUUUUAAAUGACUACUGAACCUGUGUGAGUCCCCAAUAACUAGUUAAUGUGCUCCUUUUAGCAUUCAAAAGUGCACCACCUGCUUGUCUCCAUGGAUAUGUUAGGGCUUUGCCUGAAAUAUUCCAAAGUAUGGAAUUUAUCUAACAUGUAUUUAUGGGUGUCUUUUGCCACUUUUAAAACUUGCUGUGAAUGGGCUCGCCUCUCCACAGAUCUGGCCUCUGACUUGAGUGGAAUCACCUGUUUACUACUGGUAAAGAAAUAACAUCUCCAUAGUAACGAGCAGGUAGUGUAAAUAGUUACAAUAUGCACUUUUAAAGUCCCGCUUCAUUUGUACCAAUAUUGGAUGACUAGCCAUGUUUUGUCUUAAGUAUUAAAUGUGCUUUACAUAAACUAUAAUUUUGUACAAAGUGCCACUGAAUGCAACACGUUUUCAUGCUAAAAAUGAUCUUGUUUUUGCCAAAUAAAAUGUUUUUUUGUGAACUACA